UCCGUGACGUGACCAGCGCCUAAACCCCGCAAUUUCUUUUUCCAUUACUAAAAUCUCCGGCGAGCUCUCCCCUCGCUUCUUCCUACGCAAGCAACCCCCGCCGGCCAUGAUGGGGAGCAGGGUAGCCGCGGCGCUGCUCCGCCGGGGCAAAGACCAGGCCUCCACGAUGAUGGCGAUCCCUCGCCUCCCGAGGAGCGCUCCCGCUGCUCCUAGGGUUGGAUCCACCACCUCCUGCGGCGCCGCCGCCCUCCGCCCCACACCGCCACCCCAGCAGCCGACGGGUGGAUUCUUCUCCGCCUCCCAGAUCGCCUCUUUCCACGCCUUCCGCUCGCUCGGUCUUAAGAGUUCAUUGGGCCAAUGCACGCGGAAAAUGUCCACUCCUGCAGCAGCACUGGAUUCAAGUAUGGCAAGUGCAACAGCAAAUUCAGGACUGAAGCUGCUCGUUACCAAAGGACCUCAAGCACAGAAGGCAGUUGGGAUAUGGCUAUUUGGAUGUGCUGCCUGGGUAUUCAGUAUGGUCAUACUUGGUGGAGUCACUCGGCUCACGCGUUCUGGGCUUUCAAUGACUGACUGGAAGUUCGCAGGGGGCUUGCCUCCAAUGUCAGAAGAAGAGUGGCUACUGGAAUUUGAGAAAUACAAGCAGUCACCUGAGUAUGCAAGGGUGAACAAAGGAAUGAACCUUGAAGAUUUCAAAUUUAUAUACUGGAUGGAGUAUGCACACAGAAUGUGGGGAAGAGCUUUGGGCUUUGUAUUUGCUGUCCCUUUUGCAUACUUUGUUGCCAAAGGCUAUGUUACCCGCCAACUUGGCCUUAGGCUCUCUGCUCUUUUUGCACUUGGUGGCGGACAAGGUCUGAUUGGCUGGUGGAUGGUGAAAAGUGGUCUUGAGGAACCGGCAUCUGAGUAUGUUGAACCAAGGGUUAGCCCUUACAGGCUGGCAACUCAUCUGACCUCUGCGUUUGUUAUAUAUUGCGGUAUACUGUGGACUGCUCUGUCAGUAGUGAUGCCAGACCCUCCAGCGGAAUCAAUGAAUUGGGUAAAAGGUGCGGCAAAAUUUAGAAAGCUGGCCAUUCCUGUCAGUGCUGUGGUAGGCAUCACUGCCAUAUCUGGAGCAUUUGUUGCAGGAAAUGAUGCAGGGCGUGCAUACAAUACAUUUCCAAAGAUGGGCGACACUUGGAUUCCAGAAGAUGUGUUUAGUAUGGAACCUUUCAUACGUAACUUUUUUGAGAAUACAUCAACUGUGCAGCUUAAUCACCGAAUUCUUGCAACAACCACUUUAUUGUCUGUGUGUGGCUUAUGGUUGGCUGCAAGGAAAAUAAACAUGCAUCCAGCGGUCAAGUCUCUGAUUGGAAGCACACUUGGGAUGGCUGCUCUUCAGGUUACAUUGGGAAUAUCUACGCUUUUGAUGUAUGUUCCUACCUCUUUAGGCUCAGCUCACCAAGCUGGGGCAUUGACACUACUGUCACUGAUGAUCCUUCUCACUCACACUUUAAGAAGACCGUCACCGGCUCUCUUGAAGUCACUUGCAUCUGCUGUGAAAUCGACCUGACAAUUUUCCAUCAGACACGAUGGCUAUUUGAUAUUUUUGCCCUUCUAACAUGCAACACUGCCCCGAAAACCACAAUUCUUGAGUCGACGCUUCUUGAUUGUUUUGUAGCGCCAAAUAUUAUUACAAACCCUUCCCAAAGUCUUUUGGUAUACAUUGCAAUUUUGCAUGCGAUGGAUUACGGUAUGCUAUCCAAAAGUGUGGACUCUGAUAAAUGAUAUCGGUUGAAGGGUAGUGUAUUAUGUACUGAAUAUAUUACCAACCGAGGUUUGGAUCA